CUCUAUUUAAGUGUCCCACUUCGUAACUCCAACUUAUUAAAAAAACAUCAUCAUUACACCUCUCACAUCAACUUUUACCUCUACUUUCCCUACUUACCCUCUAUGGAGACAUCAUCAUUAUAUUUUUACUCACUAACUUUUCAAAAAAGAAUCUAUUUUUAGGGGCAAAAUGAGAAAUAUACUUACUUUUAUCCACUAACUUUACAAAAUGGACACUUAUUAAGGGACAGCCCAAAAUGAAAUACUGGACAUUAAAAAGGGGACGGAGGGAGUAUUAAAGUUAUUACGGGUAAUUUGAAGCUACUCAAUUUUUUUAGUUUUUCUUGGAUAUUUUUUAAAAUACUUAUGUAAAAGUUUUAUUUUUUUUAUUUCUCUCGUCGAAACGAACGCAUAUUACAUAAAUUUUGACGCAACACUAACAAACGCAAAUUUUUUUUAAAUAAAGACAAAACGAAUAAUGUAAAUGAAAAAUAAAUUUUCAAUUUUUUUUCAUCGUAUAAAAGAUCUUGAUGAAAUUUUUCAAAUAAAAUCCAUAUUGCAUAUUUUUUAGAUUUCAAUAAAUUUAUAAUUUUUAAACUUAAAAUUCUAUUUUUAAAAAAUAAAGACUUUUUUCCCGUUGCGGAACGGGACCAAGUUGUUUAAUGAAAGUGCGGUUUACUACUUAACAGGUGCCCAAGAAAAUGUCUUCCACACGAGAGAGAGAGAGAGAGAGGGAGAGAGAGAGCGCGUACGGGUGGUUGAGUGCAGUGGCACCAUGUGACUGAUGAUUUCGUUACUCAUCCCAUCUCCUUCCCAUUAAAGUCUUCCCUUAAAGCUUUCACAUACUCACCUACAUAUCCAUCUGUCUCUCUCUCUCCUCUAUAAAAUUCACAACUAAACUGGGGAUCUGAGUCUUGUAAUCCUCAAUAGAUCUACAGACAUCUGAUAAUUCAUAACAUAUGGCUCCACCGCUGCAGUACUUCAGUUUCAGAAAGGUACUCAUUCUUUCCACUUCUCUGUUAUUACUUUUCUUCACUUCUGUAUUAGUUUGUGCCCACACUGAAGCCCACUCUCUGAGCCAUGAGUCCUCAAAUAAAAGAAGAAUGUUAGAGGUACAGAAAGAAGAAGAUCAACCAAUCAAGAACAAGUCCACCACCACCACCAAAAACCAAACCAAACUUAUCAAACCCUCCACCAAAAACCAAACCAAAUUGAUCAAAACCGCCACCACAGACUCGGGCAAGAACCAAACCAAAUUGUUGAAAACCACGUCUGGUUUAGCCAAAAACCAAACAGAGCUUACGAAGCUCGUGUCCUUGGAAUCUACCAAAAACAAGACCAAGCUCAUCAAACCCAAUAAGAAUUCAACCAUGGAAACCAUUCCCACCAUCAAAAUCAAGCUCAAGAAGCUUAAUUCCACCUCGAAGGCAUCGAACUCGACCAAACCCAGUUCAAAUCUAGCCAAGAAACCCUUGGAUCUACUCAAACCAAGCUCGCCAAAGAACAAAACAACAAAACCCAUGUCCCCAAAACAGCCCAAAACCCAACUAGACAAGGCUCUCAAUGAGACCAAAUCCAAAAACCAAGAAACAGAGAAAAAACCCAAGCCAAACAAGACCCAAAAACCAACCGAACAAGAUGAUGUUGUGGAUGAUUUGGUAGAAGAUUUCAGAGACCUACCUUCCAAGCUACAAGCAGCACUCUUCCCAGACUUGGAGAAGAUUUCAACCACUUCCAAAAUCUACCUAACCAGAAGCCACAAAGAGAUAACAAAAGGGUUCAAACCCUUCGUGGGCACAAGCUACGCCCCAACCAUAGCCUCCAUAGUCUCGUUUGCUUUCAUUUUGAUCCCACUAGUUCUAGUCUCUCUCAUCUUCACCAAGAUCAAAGCCUACUUCUCUCUCCAGAAAAUCCUCAUUUUCAUCCACCUCUACCUCUCCAUCUACUUCUCCAUCCUCUGCUUGUCCUCCCUGGUGACCGGCCUCGAGCCCCUGGGGUUUUUCUACGCUACGUCGCGGUCCACCUACGUCUGGCUGCAGGUGCUGCAGACCCUGGGUUACGUGUUGUACCUUCUGCUGCUGCUGAUGUAUCUCGUGCUGGUUUUCGCGACGGAGUCUGGGCUGGGCUCGAAGAUGCUGGGCCUGGCCCAGACGCUCGUGGGCCUUGCCGUUGGGCUGCACUGCUACAUGACGGUGUUCCAUAGGGUCGUGUUGCGCCAGCCGCCCAGGACUAACUGGAGGAUCCAUGGGGUUUACGCCGCGUGUUUUCUCGUGAUUGGUCUGUUAGCUAAUGCCGACAGGAGAAAGAAGGCAUACUUGGAAUACGGUGGCGAGGAAGCCAAAAAGAACUGAUUUUUUUUCCUUCCUUUUUUUUCAAUAUCAAUAUUUUGUAGAGGCGAGAAAUUUCGCCUUCUUUUAUUUGACAAUUUGUGUCGUAUAUUUGUUGAUAGACGAUUUGUAUGUUACUACGUAUUAGACAAAAUAAUGAAUAAAGGGCAAUUAUUCCCCUCCCUGUUUUUAAA